AUAAAUGGUUGACUAUUGCACGGCGAGAUCCAACAGAUUUAAGUCUAAAUACUUCAGUUUAUUUCUGUGAAGAUCAUUUUGAUUUACCAAAUGAUUAUGGACAAUUAUAUGGAAUAUCAUGUAAUGGGAUUGGUGUCGCAGGUUCGCAUGAAACCAGGCUGUAUUCCUACAAAAUUUGAAUGCCAGAUAGAUAGAAGAAAACGAACAGCUCAUACGAAAGAACGACCGUACAUUAUCAAGAAACAAAGACGGGCACUAAUUGAAGAAUUUGAAAAAAAUUUGGAGAAUAAAAGCAUUACUAAAAAACAUUUAGAACUUGGAGAAGCUUCAUCCAGCGGUUCAGUUUUGCAUGACAACAUAGAAGAAAAUUUAACAGAAAACAGUGCCUUGAGAACUACUGAUAAGUCUAUUCAAGUAUUUAUUACUCACAAGUUCAGAAGUAAAGCCAUUCAAACAGAAAAUAAAUUAAUAAAUCAGAUGACAUCACCCUUGAAACCUCAUACCCGUUCUGUUUCUACAUCACCAUUUAAAGUUACAAGAGGCAAUUUCACAUCGCCAUGGACAUCCACAUUACAUAAACCUUCAAGGCAAAUAUAUCCCCCUGCAAAUCAAUCUGAUAGUGAUACUUCUUUUACACCAUCUGUAAUGCACAGAGAAUCAUCACCAUCAACAAUAUAUCUUCAAAUUGAAUCUAUAUAGACUGCAGUGAGAUGAUACAAGAUGAUAAAAAACAGGAGGCAUCUAAAAUUCUGGAAUGUACCUUGCUUAAAAUUACAAAAAGCCCG